UGUGACUCUACCUACCUCCCUCUUCGAGUUUUGGUGACUUUCUACAUUUGUUGCUGCCUCUUCUACCAUUGCUUUGUCUCUCAAUCCUGAUACACUAGUGUACGAUCAGGAGCAGACUAACCUCUCCUCUCAUCUUCAGAGUACCGGACAUGGCUGGAGCAGAAAUCACCCUGAACAGGAAAUCUCAUCUCCCAUAUUUCAAUAAGAUGAAGAUUUUAUUUGUGCUUCUCUUGCCUUUUGUCCUCUAUAUAUACUUGCUGCUGCGUGUUAAGGGGUUUGACAGACGACUCCUGUUACCUCCCAAACCAAGAUUACAUGAUCCAAGAAGAGCUACUGAAGCAAAAGUCAAUGAAAUAUUGCAAGCGCUAAAAAGACACAUACCUACAGUAAAUCAAACUCAACUGGAACUCACCAGCAGUGGCGAACACAGCCUGGUCACCUUAAUGAACCCGAAGGAGAAUUACUGUGUGGGAGAGAUCCUCAGUGUCCGAGUGGAAAUGAAUGACUACCAGGGCAAACCCAAGACAUACGGGGGAGAUUUCAUUCUGGCUCGGAUCCAUUCUCCAGAGCUGCAAGCAGGAGCGGCGGGCGUGCCUGAGGAUUUCAACAACGGGACCUACCGCGUCAACUUCACUUUGUUUUGGCCGGGCAGCGUGAAGGUUUCGGUGCUUCUGAUACAUUCAAGCGAGGUGGUCUCGAUGUUAUCACGAGCUAAAGAGUAUUGCAAUAAUAAAUUUAUUUUCACAGGCACCUUUCAUAACAGUACGCUACAGGAGACAUCUAUAUGCGACAUUCAUCUGAGCACAAAUGAAACCGUCUGUAAAUUCAAGGACAAGGGGAACCAGGAAUCAUUUUCCUGUUUCAAACCUAAAACAUUGCCGUGUGAGACCCUGAAUUACACAACAUCAAGGAACGGCGAAACGUCCUGUCUAACCGACGCUGAGAACGAGCUUCUAAAGAGGUCUACGGUUGGCGUGACAAUCCAAAAUAAUUUCAAAGACAUUACAGUGGUUACCUGUAAAGAUCGUGUUCCUCAAGCUGCUGGGAAGUGUGAGCUGGGAAUGAGCUCUCUUAUCCCCAGUGGAUUUUUCCAUUCAGACCGGUGGAGUUCUUCCUAUUGCAGAAUGAGCAGCUUCCAAAAUGUGAGCGACAUGAACCAGUGCCUUCAGGGGAAACAGUUUUACCUGCGGGGGGACUCGACAAUGCGCCAGUGGAUUGAAUAUUCCACAUUCAAACUAAACGAGCUGAAGUACACAGGUAAAACAGAGAUCUAUGAACCCAAGCUUGCUGUUGACAAGACGAGAGGCAUAACCAUGUUCUGGAAGAUGCAUGGAUUCCCUUGCAUUUCAUAUGCACCAUGCUUUACGGUUGGUGGGAGCUAUAUUGUUGAAGAGCUGGACAGACUCGCUGGAGGGGAGAACACUGUUGUAGCUAUCUGUAUGGGUCAGCACCUGCGUCCUUUCAGCUUGAAGUUCUACGUUACAAGGAUGAUGAACAUCAAGCAGGCUGUCGCAAGACUUCUUCAGAGAAGCCCAUCGACCAGGGUGUUUGUUAAAUCAGAGAACACCAGAGAAUUCAACUCUGAUAUGAUCUGGGCGAGUGACUGGCACGGUCACCUCCACAACCUGGCUCUGAGGGAGGUGUUUCGGGGGGUGAAAGUGGGGUUCAUUGAUGCUUGGGACAUGACUGUAGCUGCAAACUCAUUCUCCGUUCACCCAAACAGGAAUAUCAUUCAUAAUCAAAUUGCUUUGUUUUUGUCCUACCUGUGUGGUCCAAGUGUUUAGCUGGGAGUCUUUGUGUGAUUGGUGCUUUGAUGUAACUGUUCUAAUCAUCAUGUCUAAAUGGGGGUAGAGCCACAAUCUAGACUUGUGAAAUAUAUGGUGCUUAAAUGUUGAAUUCCCAAAAAAUCUGAGUUAGGCAGAAAUAAAUGUAUAGGGGAUAAACCAAUGGCAUAGCUAGGAAUGGAAAUUUGGGUGGGCCCCAACUUCAGGUGGACAAGGUCUGACCUCACCGGAAAUAGCCGGGCUGAGCUCCUGGUGCCUUCAAACCAAAACUAAAAUCGCAGCUGUGAGGAGCAUACCUCGUUUGCAGCUAAACAUGGCUGUCUUCGUUUUCACUGCAUUCUCUAAACAAAGAUAUUGCGUUGGCCGCCAGACAAAACAGCAUUUUUUAAAACGGCCUUGAGUGACAAAUUCGGCAACAUUGUUCACGUUUUGUAAAACUUUUAAAAUUAUGUUGACACGCUAAUGAAGCAAUUUCCAUA